ACAGAUCCGCCCACACACAAUAAAAACAGCAGUCAGGAGUGUAGUUAGAAACUGAUUUAGUUCGGACUGCGGUGAUAUUGAAGCGACAUGGUGAACGGGGUAGAGGAACAAACCACAGACCAAGUGGAGCAGCUUGCACAGAUGUUUCCCAAAGACAGUAUUGAGUACAAACUCCUUGUGAAGUACACACAGAAGAAAAAAAGCACAAACAGUCACCCCCCACAGAGCAAUGGUGUGGAAGAGGCUAAGGUUGCCUCACCUACGCAACCUCAGGACUGCCAUAAAUCAUGGAAACAUAAGAAGAAACUUAAAUUUUGGAAAAGCAUAAGCUGCAUAAGGCCAGUGAGGGAAUCUAACGGUCCUGUGUCUGGACACCCCAGGCGAGGAGCAUCUGCAGAGUCAUCAGGUCCAGACCAGGAAGAAGUGGAACAAAUUGUCAGCAAGUUGACUAAGAUCAUAGACCGUGUUCAUUUUAUAUCUACAGAUAUAGAAACCGAUAGUGACGAUGUUGUAGAGAGAAUAGUGGAACUGCUGAGGGAACAUGGAGAUAAACUUAACGAGGAAAUUGAAAAGAACCAUGUGCUUAGGAAACAGCUGCAGGACUCUCUGUCAUACGGUUUCUUUAGGAAAUUGGCCCAGACCUUUUUGCAGAGACUGAGUCCAGAGGAGCUUCCUCCCACACAGAGCCCAGUGCAGGCUAAGAUCGCGCUCACCUGUGAGCUGACCAGUCGCCUAAACACCAUGGACUGCCAUCCCAUGAACCGGGUGCUGGGCUUCGGUGCUAAAUACCUACAGGAUUAUUUCAGCCCCUGGGUCAUCAAACAAGGCGGCUAUGAAAAAGUUUUCGGCACAGACAGUGAUGCUGAGGAGGAGGAAGUUCAAUAAGCUUAGAGGAUUUUGCUUUGUUUUUUUUUUUUAGAUUUAAUUAUUCUCAGGGUUCAAGUCACUUGAAUAAGAAACGUAUUGCAUUAAAAAAAAAGGUAAAAUGUUUACAUGUUUGUUUAAAGAUACCAAAGCUGCUAUGAAAUUGUGUACGUCUUUUUUUGUUUUUUAGUAAUUAUGUGUUAAAUACUUUUGUGCACAUUGGUAAAUACAAAUACAAAUAGUAUCUUGCUAAUGCUAAGGGAUAAUAGCUAAUACAUAUGUAUAACAUGAUUCUUAAGUAUGCUUUUGUAAUGCAUCCACACAGGAUUCUUUACAUAUGCAUAUGGAUAGUAUUUAGGUGAAAAAAAUUUUUUUUUUAUUUUUUUUUUUUUAAUUUAUUUAUUUUUUUCUCUAUUUGUAACGGUCAGAUCCUUUGUAAGCAGAUUUAAUGGGCUCCAGUUUAUUUUUAUGGAAAAAGUAGCAUAAGGAGCAAAAACUGAAAUAAAGCUGUAGAGAACUACACAUGAAAUCUUCUUCACUGCUUCAUCUUAAAUUAUUUCAAGAUAAUGAAGUGUUGAUAGUUACAAAAAUGAUGUAUAUUAUAAUGGCUUAUGUUUCAGGAAAUCUUUAAGUAUUAUUUAUUUGAACAAACCACUAUAAAAAUACAAAAUGCUAAAAUGUGAAGGAGAAUGAGAACUUCAGGAUCAAGGUUGAGAACCAUGUUGUGAAAACCACCAACUAGGAGGUUGAAUUAAAAAACUUUAUUAAAAAAAAUAUAUAUAUAUUUUAUGUUUUGUUUUUUGUUUUUUUUAAACUGGCGGUAUAUUUUAUGCUGGCAAUAACAAUUUUGAACAUUACCAACACUACCAUUUUAAAGAAAAUAAACUUCUUCAUAAAAAAGGA